AUGGCCCAAUUUCGCCCCAAACGUCUCGAUCUCUCAUGCUUCAUCAACAACAAAAUCAUCCGCGAUCAUACCAAACGCAAGGUCUUCGAGCAAUACGAACCAGAACGCCAGGCCCUCCGAUACAUCAUCCGCAACACAUCUCUGCCACAACGCACAAGGACACAAGCACAAUUACAACUCACGCAGAUGCACUGUUAUACGCGAUCAACACAGAUCAAGAACAGAUGCGUGAUGGGCGGGAAGGGCAGAGGUAUUUUGACGGACUUCAGGAUGUCUAGGUACCAAUUCCGAAUGAACGCGCUGGAAGGGAGAUUACCGGGAGUGAAGAAGGCGAGCUGGUAAGAGAUGUGAUCUGGACAUCAGGACGAGACGCGAUCUGUAGGAUAUUGUACAGCGACGAGGGCAGCGUAUGAUCUGGACAACGUGCAACAAGCUCCGAGAAAUUUGCUCGUUCGAGAAGAUGCUACGGUGCUGGCCGAGAGGUGAAGGAAGCGGUCCUGUUCUGUUCUCACCGUGGGGCCUUUCAGCAACAUCUACUGGGCAAUAAAGUUCACCUGGUGCUUCCCACGAGGUUGCGAACACGGACAUACUGUAUGACAUUGUCACGAGACGGGCAGGCAGGAGCUGCUAGGAGUACACUUCAC